AUGGAGAAUCACAUUGAAUCUUCAGCGGUCACCGAACUCUACGCCAGCAUCGUCAGAGGAGGACAAUAUGUCCCUUGGACCAUCCCCAUGGGCCUAUGGCUCAACAUCGUUCAACGCUACCUCCGCCUCCCAAACGGUUGCAUUGUCAGUCGAGAAACCCUCCAACCUUGUUUCGUUAUAGCUACCUUGGAAGACACCUUUUACGGGAUGAAUGACGACGACAUCUCCUUUCCGGAUAUGGUGCGACAAAUCACGGAAUACAUGCUCAAACGGCGGACACGGUGGAUUCGGAUUAGUAGGGGGACUGAUGAGCCUGCAGCGUGGAAGACGGCAUAUGUGCUUGUGACGCUGGCGACGUGUAGGUUAUAUGUCCUUGAGCCGGGUUCGAAUGAGUUGGUUAGCUAUUUUGCGGAUCGGGGACCUGUGCGGUUUUAUGAUGCGUUUGGUGAGUUUGCGGUUAUUAAUUCACUUUUGACGAGGAUUGCGGAGGUUGUGGCUGAGUGA